AUGGAAAAUACUUCCGUGAUACGCGGAACUCUUCUAGGAUUGCAACAAAUGCAAAAGGACCUCGGAGGGAAAGGGGGUGUUAUCGUGAAUAUUUCGUCUAUGGCCGGUUUGCACUCCUUAUCCGAGUUUCCAGUAUAUUCUGCGACGAAACAUGCUGUGGUUAGCUUCAGCCGUUCCUUCGCGCAACCUUAUCAUUAUCAAAGAACUGGAGUAAGGGUAAUAGUAAUGUGUCCUGAGCUCAUUCCUACCACAGCCACGCAGUUGAAUGCAGAAUUUGCUGUUGUUGUACCAGAAUUGGUACAGAAAUAUUUCAAAAGAUUUCACAGUGUCGCGCAUGGGGUAGUGUACGUGAUCAGAUGCGCCCAAAACGGAAGUAUUUGGAUCAGCGAGGACGGAAAGCCUGUCUACGAGAUACAAUUAUUCGACAGUCUGCCUCAAAAACCCGACGAUACCACAUUCGACGAAAAUACUUCAGCAUACAAGCUUAAUUAAACUUGAGAAAUUCUGUAAAUAGAGCUUUAGUAUUAUUGUUGCAAUUUUUGCUAUUUUUUUAUUACGC